GGGGACAGGCGUUGGCUUCCGCCCCUGUGAGAGAGAGAGAGAGGCCAUGGGGGCGGAGCCCGUCCUGGACGCUGAGGACGCUUUACGUACUGAAGCGGGGCCGGGGACUUCUGGGAAAAGCCAAGAGUUGAAAGAAAACGGUAACUUCGAACUUUCCUUCGGUGCGUCCCGAAGCGGGGGGCGGGGCGGGUAGAAAAUGGCCGUUAGAAAACGGUCGUCGGGUGACGCAGCUGGCGGUGGGCGAACCCAGUGCAGUUGUCGGGUUAACGCCAGAGACGGAGGGGACGGAUAAAAACGGGAAACAAGGCCUUGGUUUCGCCUAUAGCGAACUUGCCUGUUCAGCUGUUUCCCUCGAAACUCCGGGGCCGCCCUUGGGGCCAGAGCUCUGAGUUGUUUCGCGGGGCCUUCGGGAAAGAAAGAGCUUUCUUUUGGGGCCACAGCAAGCACGCUCACUUGGUGGGCUCGCUCGGCAACCGAGACCCGCCAGUUAAAACAAAAGAACGAAAACGAGCAGACAUGAGGCGGACAGCAAAAAAAAUUCGUCCAUCCUCUCCAUUAGGUGAAAUGAAAUGUAGUCAGUGCAAUAAAAGCAAGCGACAGUCAGAUCAGUUUUGGCCAAGGACUUGUUGAACGCGCGCUGAGACAAAGCAUUCAAGCUCAGUGUAAUGCAGCUAGAACAAAUAAGUUUCCAUGAGUUGCAUAUAUUCCUAAUUCUGCAUCAGUGCAGUUCAGAAUACAACAACCAUUUUAGAAGCAAAGAGACGAAGCAGACACAGAAGGAAUAGCAGCCUUGCCUAUCCUGUUGUUCUUCAGGGGUAGUACAACUCCCAUCAGCCUAAGCCAGCAUUUAGCCAAUGAUCAGGGAAGAUGGGAGUUGUAGCCCCAAACAUCUGGAGUGCUCUCUGUUGGAGAAGGCUGCUGGUGCACCCUAAAUGGACUCCCAGGGUUUGUCCUGCCGCAAAAUAAUUCCGUAUUUUUUUAUACAGUAGUUGGUUGAGGUUUAAUUUCAGCCCAUCACUUUACAAAAUAAAGUUGACCUGUUAAUGGCUUAAUUUAGCUGACAGGCUACAAACUUAUGCCCACUUAACCUGAGAGUAAAGGUGCAGUACUAAGCCCCAGAUACACCACAUCUUAAUUUCCCCUAAAUUCUGCAUGGUGGCUUCCUCCUAGUUACUGUGUUGUUGCACUGUUAUAACUGAAAUGGCAUUCCUUCUUUUUUGUGUGUGACCCUGGUCCCUUCCUUGGCAUAAGGAAUUUUCUGCUAAUGCCUGGGUUUUGGCAGUCAGAAGAUUCAAAUACCAGCCUCAGGGAAGCACUGGAGUCUCCUAACCACUGAGCUUUGGAAUUAGCUAUUUUGGAUGGGGUGCUGUGAGAUUUCCUGGCACAGUGCUCAUGUAUUAUGUGUGGAAUGGGUUCAAUCGCAUCAUCAUGGUAUUAAUGCUGUUACCACAGGAUGAUUGAUCUCUUUUUGCACUAAAAGUGUAUCAUUGGGAAUAACUUUGUAAUUGGUGGUUGGCAAGAGCUUUUUUCUAAUGCUUUUACUGUGCUGUUGAUUUUGCUGCUGGUAGAGUAUAGCAUCCCAACUAGCGGCAGUGGUGUCCAAACUUUUUUCAAAGAGGGCCAAAUUUGAUGAAGUGAAGGGCCAUGGGGGUCGACCAAAGUUAGGCCCCCGAAACGGACUUUGGACAUGCCUGGUGUAAGGUAUAAAGGUGGACCCUAGAAUUGUCCUUCCUUUAAGUUAAAUUCUUUAACUGUUGAAGUGAAAUGAAAUUAACUAGCAGAGAUUUUGCUUCAAGAAAAGUUUUUGUGUACUUGCUUCCAUACAGCAUUGAAAAUGAUAACUGAAAUGUUCUAGUCGUAUGCCACAUUAUUUUAUCUUGGGAGGGCUAUUGGUUUAUUUUUGUAUGAAUUCAGGGAUGAUAUGGGAUGUGCAUUUUAAAAAUAAGUAAUAUGUUAUUUAUGAUUCUAGGAUCAUGUGGAUCGCUCUCACCAUGCUCUCCAGGUAUUCACGACACCCCUCGUCUACUUCCUGCUCUUCAUUAUUCCAAACUUCCAAGAGCAUAUGUCAGGAAGUUGGCAUAGGCAGACAGCAAAUAUGGAGCCUUCGGAGAUACGAGGAUGGAAAAAAAUGCACCAGCGUGGUUCCACAUAACAUGCUACAUUCCUCCUCUAUGAGCUUCAAAAUAAACAAUAAACGUAACCAUCCAAAAAACUUUCCAGUAUUAGAUGGAAGCAUCCCUUCCCUGUAUAGACACGUAGUUGAAGGCAAUGCAAGAAACAGUGAGAUCUGCAUUCAGAGGUAACUAUUUUUUUAAAAAAAUAUUUCUGCAGCAUUAGUCCCUUGAUUCAACAGUUUUGAGUAAGGUAUGCAUUUUUAGGUUCUUGCAAACUAGCCUUACCUUAGGCCAGGAUCCAAAAUAAUUCCCCUGGCUUCAGUUUUUUCCUUAAUCGGUUUGCUGAAUUCAAUUAUCUAUAAACUUGAAAACUGUUACAAGUUAUUUUCCUGCCUCCUGAAAGGUUUGGUAUGAUUUCUCAACUUAUAUACGUACCUGCAUAUGUCUUGUGAAGAUUUUUGUUUUCACAAGUUGGGUAGAUGCUUUAGCACUUUUGGAGUAAUGUUAGCUCAUUUAAAAAGGCAUCUAGCAACUUGAUACCAUAAAUGUUAUCUGUGUUAUAUGCUUUACAAUUUUUUGAAAAUGUCAUAAAACCUGUCCCUCAUUUCAUUUUGAAUGCAAAGAUAUAUAUGAGUCAUAUCUUCCUAAGAGUUUUCAAUUAAUCAUGAUUCACAGAUAAAGAGAGGAAAGUGACUCACUACUUGUACGUAUUGGUCCUGAAGAAAAAAAUGGCAGUAGCCCAAAGGGCUUUAUUCAAAACUAGUCGUGCAAGCUGAAAGAAAACUCAUGAAAAUGAGUACUUUGCAUUAGUUAUUUUAGUUUAGCUAUUUCCAUUUUAUCUCUUGAGAAAGCCAGAAUUCAAAUAUCAAAUAAUACAGUUAAUUUUUGAAUGAUAGGCUGUCCUAGCUUUGUGGUUGGCUAUAGGACUGUUUGGGAAUUUACAGUAAAAUCAUCCAAGCAUUUUUACUUUUGAGGAUGAGACUGGUUCCAGGUAAGGACAAAAUUCUAUCUGCUCUUUUCAUUUCGUAAGAAAUAUAGUUCUAAAGAAGCUGUUUUAAGUCUGUACUUAGUCACAGUUCCAUGAAGCAAAUGUUUUCAUGUUUUUCCAGGAUGAAGGUUAUGUCUAUGUCAUACAAGGUUUCCCCUAAUUUGACAUGUGAACACAUGUAUGUGUCCAGUUUAAAUUCAUAUUUUUUUCUUUGUUGCUGAAUUUUGAAUAAUACAGUCACACUAUUUCCUCACAAGUAUGAUGGCAGUGUUGUUAAUAUGUGUGUUGGAUUAACUUGUUCUUAAGGUACUUUUGUCUUUGGCAACAGAAGUUGGUUUUCAGUUCCAUUGAGCUUUUCAUUUUGAUAUCAGGUAUUCAGAGUUGCUUGUGAAGGUCAGUAAAGGAGGAGGAAAAAAUGCAAUAUUGCGCCACACUCAGAAGAACAAAAAGUUGCUUGUUCGUGAACGCUUAAAGAUGCUUCUUGAUGAUGAAAGUUUCCUUGAGCUCUCCCCUUUUGCAGGCCUUGAUAUGCCUUAUGGUGAUGUUCCUGCAGCAGGAUGUCUCACUGGUAGGUUUUGCGUAAGGGAUUUUUUAAAAGGUAAAUCGCAGUAUAGUAAAUCUGCAUGCACUUAAUCAGUUCAUGCCAAUUGAUAGUGUGGCCUGCCGCUGUUAAUAAAUAACAAAAUCUAUUCCAUCUGUGCUAUGCCUGUUGGAAGAUGCAAUAGUGAAGACAGAAUGAGAGGGAGACAUUAGAGUGCCUUUAAGUUACCUUUUCGACAAGCGGAAGCAAAUGUUUGGAUCAGGUUUGGUUUGGCACACAUCAGAUAAGGCUUUCCUAGGUGGGUAUUAACGUACAGUAGACUUGUAAAUCUGUUUAUGGUAUCCACCUUACAAGGCAAGAGUCACACUCAUAGUUUUUCUUUCAUGCUUAAAUGUAAUGCUUUUUUUCUGCAUAUAGUAAAGAAAGAUUUCUGAGGGGCACAUUAUAUCUGUUAACUAAAUUAAAGUAGAAACUUAGGUGCUCUGUAAAAGACAAAAUGGCAUCCUCAUAUCUGCAUUUAGCCUCUUGCCAGCUCUUUUGCCUACCUGCUCCUUGAUCCAGUGCAGCAGUGACACAUGAUGUCAGCAGUGGAAACCAGUCCUCACUAAGCUACACAGUUGAGAGAUUGAUGAAGGGCUUAUGAGAAAACAAUACUUAGAAUUUAAGUAGUGACCUUGAAGUUGGUAGGAAAGCUGUUCAUUUGUGUUUUCCCAUUGUGGUUACGUGUGUAGUACAUAUUAUGGUGUCAUCUAUCUGGGAUGCGUAAAAUUAGCCUCCAUUCUUUUGCAGCAUGGACACAAGGUUUAAUGAGUUAAAUUGAUAAAUUAAUCAACUAAAGCCUCAGUCAAUUAAUUGGUCAGGCUGUGAUUUAGAAAACAUUUGUUCUGAGGAUGUUUUGGAUUCUUGUCUGUGGAGCAGGAAUGAAAAAAGUAUUAAAGCUGGCCUUUAAAUCUAAUAUCUCAAGCUGAAAUACUGAUAAUACUGUAUGUACAUUUGAUAGAUUAUCAUCUGACUUUAACUGAUCAGUGCAAUCCAUACCCAACCUUAUAUCAGAUGUGGGGUUGAAUUGAGCAGAGACACCCUUCAGCUCAGUUAACUGGUUGCCAGACAUUCAAGUAGAUAGAAGGCUUGCUGGUAGUAUUCACACUUUCAGAGCCCAACAGAAGACUUCAAAAUACAGGGGUUGGGAAUCCAGACCUUGAGCUGGCCCAGGGAUCAGGCCUAGUUGUCCUGCCUCCCCCGCUUCCAUUGCAGCCACCAUGAGCAGCCGGGCUGGGAAUGCAGUGGUGGCUCCUCUUUUAGCAGUGGGGAGGAAUUAGGAUUGCAGCCUUUAUUUAACUGGUUGAAAGAAUUAAUUUGUUCAGGACAGAAAGAAUCAAUUCUGUGACAACAAACAAAGCAAUAAGGAGAUUCUACACUGAGCUUAUAGGACAGGGGUCAGCAAAAUUUUUCAGGAGGGAGCCGGUCCACUGUCCCUCAGACUUUGUCGGGGGCCGGACCCACCACCUCCUGAAAGCACCCCCCUCCCGAAAGGCUUCCCCCGCCUAUGCUACUCAUGCCACAGCCACCGAUGCUGCCUUGUCUUCGGCAGCAUCGGCGUCCUCUGUCUUGGCGGGGCACAGAGCCCAUGCCGCUGGCCUGGGCGGCGGAGGCAGCCUCCACACCACUGCCACUUCCUUCCUGCUCGGCUGCUUCCUCCCGCUUGGCCACCUUAGCGGGAAGGAAGGGGCAGUACCCAGAUUCCGCUGGCCUGGGUGGCGGAGGCAGCCUCUGCGGUGCUGCCGCUUCCUUCCCGCUUGGCCGCUUCCUCCUGCUCGGCUACUUCAGCGGGAAGGAAGGGGCGGCGCCCAGAGGUGUCCGCAGCUUCUGAUUGGCAGCAGGAGCUUCCUGCAGCCAAUCAGAAGCUGUGCCGCAUUGCAGAAAUCAGUUUCCGCAUGGCGAGGCCUCUGCGCUGCGCCUGAUUAGCGCAGGGACUGACCGAGUGGGUGGCAGGGUUUGGAAGGUUUGCGGGCCGGAUUAAGGAGCCCAGUGGGCCGUAUCUGGCCUGCGGGCCUUAGUUUGACGAUCUCUGUUAUAGGAUCUUUUGAUAAACAAGUAAUUUUAUCUGCAUGUAUUGAAAAAUGUCACCAUAGGAUACCUUAUCAGCUGAGUCACUGCUUAGUUCCACAACUGUUCUCAUUCACUACACAUGUUCAAACUCUAGCAGCAUUGUAAGUAAAAGAGGAUAGCUGAAAGUUUAGCUGCAUUCUUUCUGAGUUCCUUGGCAUUUUAAUAUGCUACAAAAGAUCUCUCUAGCAUAUUUAUGUACUUAAUUGCCUUAGUUUAUGAUCCGGUUACAAAAUAUUCCAAAGUGGAUAAUUCAUACUGUUUGUAAAAUGUAAUGACAAUAGUCAUUGCUGCAGGUAUUGGAAAAAUCUGUGGAGUCUGGUGUGUCUUCAUGGCAAAUGAUGCAACUGUGAAAGGAGGGACCAUUUAUCCUAUUUCAGUGAAGAAACAACUGAGAGCUCAAGAAAUAGCAAUUAAAAAUAGACUUCCGUCUGUUUACCUUGUGGACAGUGGGGGAGCAUUCUUGCCACUUCAGGUAAAAGACAUGUUCUAUGAAACCGGUUGAUUUAAUUUGCUUAAAAUUAUUCCCUUUGACUUGUUUUAUCGUUAGCUUUCAAGUCUGUGUCCUAAAAAUAUUGUAUACUCGAAAAAUAGUCAAGGUAACAAAGUCAAAGCCAGUUUGUCAUUGAACUGUCAAUGAAUUAACCAUGUCAAAGAAAGAUGAGUUACCGGUAUGUAUAAAAUUACUGUACAGAAUAUACUUGGGGUUUUUGGGAGGGAACCCCAAAAAAGACAAUACAGAUUUUCGGAAAAAUAAUGAUUCUUUCAGUAUGCUAAAAACCACAUUUGAAAAAGAAAGAGGCAGAACAACCGCAUAGAACAUAGGCUUUGUAACUUUUGAAUUUUUACUGUAUUUCCUGCCUCUGUAUUAUUAGGCAGAGUUGUUUCCUGACCAAUUCCAUGGAGGACGCAUUUUCUACAAUGAGGCUGUGAUGUCUGCAUUGAAAAUCCCUCAGGUAUAAUAUUGUGAAGAAAUCUGUGCAUUAAAAAUGCAUUUCCAAGUAGUAUAUAGUUAAUAAGUAAAAGAAUGUACUGCUGAGGAAAACAGUUCAUAUUGUUUCGGAAGAGUCAUCCAGCAGUUUAAAUUUUGCAUUUGUUGCACAAGGAAUAGGUCCACUAUGAUCAGAAACCAUUAUGGUAGAUAAUCACUGGCCAUUACAUUCAUAUCUUAAAUAUCUGACCAUAGUUAGUCAUUAACUUCUUGCAUUAAACACCUGUUAGUACUUUCAUCUCAUUUGAUUCAACAGAUUAGAGAAAGAUAGCCAGUGGGUCACAUUCUGAAACAUUCCUUCUAAAUUCUCUUCACAUCAUGAACACUGUGGGUCCCUGAAUAAUCUGAGCUGGUUACCCUUCCCUUUGCAACAUGUCACACAGGCAUGAUACAACUACCUCUUCUCACUUGUGAUAACACUGGAGCAGGUUCUGCCCACCUCAAAAAAUGUAGGUGUGGAGAAAACUUGCUGUAAAAACCCCCAGCCCUGACAAGCUGUCACAAAUCAUAAUACAGAUUUUGUAUCUGAGGUAUGGCCUGCACAUGCUUUCCUUGCUUAAGUAAGGAUUAUAUAUUAUUGCUGUACAAUAUAAAAUUAAGUCUGCAAUAUUUGAUACUGCUCUCUGAAAUAAAACUCCUGACUCCUUUUCCCUGUGGGAUUUUCAGUGCAAUUUCUCAAUAUAAUCAUAUGCUUGAUAACUUUUCCUGGAAAUUUACAACAUAAAAUUAAAUAUUUCCUCAUCUUUGUUCUUUUUUUCUUACCCAGCUAUCUUGGUGUGUCCUCUAGGUGGCAGUUGUGUGUGGUUCUUGUACUGCAGGAGGUGCUUAUGUUCCUACCAUGGCAGAGGAAACAGCCAUUGUAGACAAAAUUGGCACAAUGUUUCUCGCUGGGCCCCCUUUAGUUAAAGCUGCCACAGGAGAAGAUAUUCAUCCCGAGGCACUGGGAGGAGCCAACCUGCAUGCUAAGUAGGUAUAAUAUUUGUUCCUGAGCUCUUAAUAUUGAUUGAAUGAUACCUUUAGUCCUAGUUUUUCUAGGUAUAAUGAUCUCAUUUUUAAAAAAUGCCUGCAAAUGACAGAAGCAUCCAGAAACAAAAAAGUGCUGCAUUAUUUGCACUUAGUUGGCCCAUAUCUAUUUCUGGGUCGAAAAUCACCCCUCAACAUACAACAUUUGUUUGUUUAUAUGCUGUUCUUUCAGUACCUUGCACAAGUACUGCACAUUUUACAUUAAAAUGAGAGAGGAACAAAACCAAAUAGCAAACCGUACAACCCACUUCUAGAAAAAGGAAGUACUGGAUCUCACCAAGAACACCUCCUUUGUUCUCUUAGAAUGGCAGUGGUGCCCACCUGAGAGGCGUGGGACUAAGUUUCUGUGAGUUCUGGCUGGAAAAAAGCCCUGGUACCACCGAUGGUUAUUUUCACAGCAAGAAUCAGAAUACAAAAAGCCAGACAGCAUCACUGCACUAUAGGCCUGAUUGGAAAGGUGUGCUUUCACACCACACUAAAAUCUCAAGAAGAAAGCCAACCUUAUCUCAGAGCGGAGUGGUGGUCCACAGAUGGAGUGCUGCAACCAAGAAGACCUUCCUUUGCAUCACUGCCCCAUGCCCUAUGCUUGGUAGAGGGAUUGUGAGAAGCUGCUAAGAUCCUCAGCACAUCUAAAUCCAUAGGCCAGAAAAUAAUGGGAGAGGUGCUCCUUCAAGUACUUGGGACCCAGUGAAAUAUGUGGCACCAUUCACAGCCCUGGCACCUGCAUUCUGCAGUAGCAAUAGUUUCUGUCUAGAGCACAUUGUGCUACUCUAAACAUGAGAAUUCAUGAAGAAAACUAGUAGCACUCCUCCUUCAGUACAGUUAAUGCAAAUUGAUAUUACAGUCUCACCAGCUUUAAUAUAUUUUUUGUAAGAAAUUAUCUUGUCUGAGGCAAAUGUUUAUUAUUUCCAAUCACUUGAAAGACAGAAGAGAAAUAUAAGGAAUCAUUUAUUUUACUGUUAGUAGUAAUGUUUUCUGAUCAUGUUUGUUGAAUUUUAUCUGUUGCCAAAUAUUUGUAAAUUAUUUUUCUCAGGGUCAGUGGCUGUGUUGACCAUUUUGCAUCUUCAGAAAAAGAAGCAUAUGAAUGUGUUAGAAAUAUUAUUUCAACACUCAAUUAUGAAAUUCCUACAGAAGAAACUGUAGAGUAUGACAGUCCCUUGUACAGUGCUGAUGAGCUUCUGGGGCUUGCACCACAAGAUUAUAGCUACACUCUACAUAUAAAAUUGGUAAGGAAAAUGUUUGUUGCAAUCUGAAGUUAGGCUACUUGAUAUAAAUCCCAUUGAUGUUAGUAGGCUUAAAAAUUAAACAGUGUGACAGUAUAGUUAACAGUGGUUGAACUACAAAUCCUGUGGCUCAGUUUUCUUGGAUCAUUUAUGUAAAUUGGUGAAAACAAAAAAAUCCUGUAAGCAUUUUAAGGACUAACAAAUUUAUUAUCAGAUAAGCUUUUGAGAGAAUCCACUUCAUUGCAUGAAGUGCGAUCCUCAGUUGGCAGCACUGUUAAUUAUGCUUCAUGCAUCUGAUGAAGUGGAUCUUAGUUCAUGAAAGCUUACGUUAUAAUACCUUUGUUAGUCUUUAAGGUGCUUGCAAGACAUUUUGUUGUUUACAGCCAACAAACACAGCUACUUCUCUGAAAGUUGUCCAUUGCUGCUUGCUUUUAGAAGUACUUCCAGAGAUGAUACUGUGUUGAGGUGCUGAGUUGAAAAGGUAGAUCAAGGGUUAAUUUGAGUAUUUCAAAUGGUCUACUCUUUUAUGUGUGCAUAGUCGAGGCCAUGGUUUGUAGUUGGUUGUUAUUUCUCAUAAAACUCAGGAAGAGAUGUGAGAAGUAUUCACCAUAUUCUUCAUGAAUCAAAAAGCCUUAUUAGUCUGAGUAUUUACUUCUACUUAGUUUUUAUUAGCAGUAAGGCUGUCCUACUCUUUCCCUACUCCAGCUUAAUAGAGAUGCCUGAUCACAGGGUGUACUUCAUUCCAGAUCUAGGGUGCUACUGCCAAGAAUACCUUAUUCUGGAUGCCAGUUAACAGGAUCUCUCUUGAUGUAAGAACAAGUAAUAGGACCUGCCCAGCAGAUCUCAGGUCAUGGUCAAGAUAGUAUUGAGAGAGGUGUUUUUUCAGGUAUUCAUGUCCCAAGCUAUUUAUGACUUUAUAUGCCAUAUUGACGAUGGCAUACAAAGCCAUAAAUAGCUCGGGGCAUAAACUGGGCUCAGUGACAAAUAGACUGGCAACGCAACUGCAUUGUAAGCAGUGUUGUAUGCUCCUGAGUUAUCAUAUUUGUCAGUUUCCGUGCUGCAACAUUUUGCUGUAGUCUCUGAACCAUCUUCUAAGGGUAGCCCUACUACUGUAAUGGUAGUCAACCUGGGAAGUUACUACAGCCUGGAUUACUGUGAUCAGGCUAGCUCCAUUAGGCUGUAGCUGUUGAACCCACUGGAAUAAUAGAAUCGUAGAGUUGGAAGGGACCAUGAGGGUCAUCUAGUCUAACCCCCUGCAAUGCAGUGAUCUUUUGCUCAGUGUGGUGCUCAAACCUAUGACCCUGAGAUUAAGAGUCUUAUGCUCUACCAAUACCUACUUAAAUCAUAAAAUUUUAGCUUUGGAUGUACGGUCGGUAUCUAAAAAAGUAAAACAAUUUUGAAUGUUAAAGUUUACAAUUUUGUGAUCUAACAGAGUAGUAUACCUGACUCAAUCAUACUUGAAGCCGACUCAUUGAAAUCAUUGGAUUUAAUUUCAGUGUGUCUACUCGUAGUAUGACUUAGUCAGACAUCAUCCAUUAUCUUUGAAUAUUGAGCCAUAAUUGGAGACAGAAGACAUGAAUUUUUUUCCAGCAAGCUACCUACUAUUGAUUUUUCAUUUCUCUUGACAAUAUUUUAUAGAUCCUGAGUCGGAUGAUAGAUGGCAGCAGGUUCCAGGAAUUCAAAGCUAAUUAUGGAACUACCUUAGUAGCAGGAUUUGCCUACAUAGAAGGGUAAGGGAGAAGUUUAAACCAGCGGGCCACAUUAUUGCAACACUUUUUAAUGAUUAGUUGUUCAAGCAAAUAGUAAUUUGAUCCCUGUUAGAGUCACCUGAAAUUGCAGAAUUGAGCUUAGAUUUGUUACAGAGAUAGAAAUGUAGCCAUACUAUAUUAUGGCUCCCAGGUUGUUUGGAUCACUUAUGCAAUUGUUUUUACAUUGUUACUCUUUUUUUGGAAGCCAAGGUAUAUAACUGGAUUUAAAUUUUGUUGGAUUCAUUGUAUUCCAAGUGCUUAGUGCUUACAUUUUGGGGUUUUAAAUUAAUAUAGUAUGUACUUAGCCACCUGACUAGACAAUCAGCGUUGCUGAUUAAUAGUAAAUUGUACCUGUUUUUUUUCUUUUUAAUUCAUUGUAUGUGUUUAUAGAAUUAUUUACAACUGCAGUACUAUACCCACAUCUGUGAAUAAGCCCUGUUGAAUUUAGUGGGACUUACUUCUGUGUAGAAUGCAUAUGAUUCUACUGUUAGUAAUUCUUCUUUUUAAGAUUUAUCUCUGCUAAAUAUUUUCAUAUUUCAACUUAAAAAGCAUGCAGACGAAAUUUUAUUUUGGCAUCUCAGAGCUCAGAAGAAUUAUCAGUAUUACACUACUAACAAACCACCAGCACUUAAGUUCAGCCAAAGACCUGAUUACAUUAAGCAAAUUAGCAAUUUAUUUAACAUAGAAACAUAGAAAUGGCUAGCUUUGGGCCAAGACACAUACUGACAUCUGAAAGACCAUGAUCAGCUCUAAAAGAUACUGAUCAGACCUAAUUUAAUAUAAUCUAGUUGAUGAGUUUUUUCUAGGAUCUUUCCAGAAUAGUUGUCUUGCACAAAUAAUUUACAAUCGCAUUCUUGCAUGAGAUCUAAUCCUUCUCUCAUGUAGAACUUUGAUGUGUGAGGAACUUGCAUUCCCAACAAACAUCAAUUUGCUGUUGCUAGAGAAAUGUGAGUUCUCAGCUAUCAUCACCACUCACUAACACCUCAUAUUCAGUCAUACCUCGGGUUGAAUGUGCUUCGGGAUAAGUGUGUUUGAGUCGCGCUCCGUGGCAACCCGGAAGUAACGGAGCGCGUUACUUCCUUGUUUCGCUGCUUGCACAUGCGCAGACGCUCAAAAUGACGUCAUGCGCAGAAGCGCUGAAAUGUGACCCGUGCACGCGCAGAUGCGGGCUACGUUUGCUUCUAGAUGCGAACAGGGCUCCGGGACGGAUUCCGUUCGCAUCUAGAGGUACCACUGUAUGUGCAUAUGUGUGCUGGGCACCUGCUAACUAGAGUCCAGCAGCAAAAGCCUCCUUUCACCAUUUGUCCGUUUUAAAAAAUCAAAAUUUUAAGGUGCUAUGGUUUGUGUAUCCAGUGGGAAUAGUUACAUAAAACAUUUCAAACUAUUUGAUGAAGGGGAAGCACUGGUAAGUCUACCCAAGUCCCUCCAUAACUUUGUUUAGCAAUUUUGUGAGUCCUCCUUAAAAUUAAUUAUAGGCAGUGUACUCUCUGGCAUUGCAACAUAUACAACGUCUUCAAAACAAAAUGUCAGUACGUUGAACAGGCUUUCCCCCAAUGUGCAGCUCUCCAUGCAGCAGACCAUUGUUCUUAUCCAUGCUCCUUCUCUGUACAGUGAGAACUCAAUGCCAUCCUGUUAGCCUUCCUUGGGCAAGUGCUACACUGUAUUUAAUAUUUUGAAGUAAUGGCUUCUUGUGCAGAAAAUCCCUUUUUGCACAUAGCUGCUUAAGUCAAGUCUAGGAUCCAGAAGCUAGUAAGUGCUUGUGGUGCAGCCUGAAAGAGCCUGAUGAACUGCCACCUUCUGGGUUGUCAGUUGAAUGGUUAAGCAGGCCUUAUUCUCUAGGGCUGAUAAUAAGACUGCUUUCACUGACUCUAAGAUCACUCAAAACUUUAAAAAGCUGAAAUAAAUAUUUAAAGUCCGUUUUGUAAGUGAAAGAGAAGCCUCUUGUGGCCUAACCUUUUCCAUUAAUGUUAAGCUUGUCUCUAAGUAGCUCUAGAAAGUGAAUUAUUUCGCUAGGAUUAAUAAAGCAUGCGGCAGACUCAAACUCAUUGAUUUCCUCUGAGAUGAAAAUAUGAUAGUUGAGAUGGUUUGUCUUUUCAUCAUAAUGGAAAAUUACGCCACAGAGAAUAUGAACUGUAUUUUGCUUCCUGCUGUAAGCAGACUUGAGAACAUUAACAAAUAAGUUCCAUAUUAACUACUUAUGCAGGAUCAUCUGUUUAUGAAAAUGUAUGCUUUUGUCACUAAAAGUACAAAUUUGCAUGAUUAAUUCGAGCUUUUUCAGCCUUGAAUGUCCAUAACCAGUACAUAAUAAGUAACCCAUUAGAUUGUUGCUUCAUACUUCGGCAUUGGAACCAUGUUUGUCCAUACAUUCUAAGCUAGCCUACAAUCUUGUGUGGACUACAACUGCCAUCAUUCCCAGCCAUCAUGGCCAAUAGUGAACAUGCCUUCCCCUCGCAUAAGGGGCUCCCUAGAUCCCUCCUAAUAAUUUAUGACAGAUCUCUUGCACAAACAUUCCCGCUUUUGAGAGUAAGGGAAUUUAGACAAGAAUUUAGAUAAGUAAUUUUCCAUGCCUGCACUUCACCCAAACCAUAUUCUUUUAAAUGACUUGUAGCAGCAGAUUAUUUAUUGUAAACAUUUCUAAGUAUCUUGGGAGUUUUGAAGCAAAAGUAAUGCAAAUCAUUUGUUGCCUGUUUAAGGUGAUAUUAUAAAAUUAUAGUACUAAACACAUGGAGGGUACUUACUGUGUUGAUUUCAAUGUUUCUACUACCCUUGUACUAUAAAAAGUGUUUUAUGUUUUUGUUAGACAGCUAGUUGGAAUAGUGGCUAACAACGGUGAGCUGACUCAUGAAGCUUCUCUGAAGGGUUCCCACUUCAUACAGCUUUGUAGCCAACGAAACAUUCCAAUCCUUUUUCUCCUGAAUACAGCUCCAUGUGCAGCAGAGCCAACCAGUCUCGCACAGGUAAAGCAGCUAGUACAGAGCACAGUCAAAUGGCUCUGAAUUAGGGUAUCACGCUUUCAGUUUCAAAUGAAAAAAAGUUUUUUCACUGGAAAAGUUUGCUCACUUCGGUUCUUCCCUGCAAUAACAAAUUCCUCUGCAUCCAACAGGGAACGGGUUCUCUGAAUGUAAAAAGUUUGAAAAAUGAUUGAGGGGAAAUCUCUCCACUUGGUAUUUCCCAGGUUUAAGGUAGCUUGUGGGACACGGGUGGUGCUGUGGUCUAAACCACCGAGCCUAGGGCUUGCUGAUCAGAAGGUUGGCGGUUCGAAUCUCCGCAAUGGGGUGAGCUCCUGUUGCUCAGUCCCUGCUCCUGCCAACAUAGGAGUUCAAAAGCACGUCAGAGUCUAAGUAGAUAAAUAGAUACCGCUCCAGCGGGAAGGUAAAUGGCGUUUCCGUGCACUGCUCUGGUUUCGCCAGAAGCGGCUUAGUCAUGCUGGCCACAUGACCCGAAAAACUGUCUGCGGACAACGUCGGCUCCCUCAGCAGGUAAAGUGAAAUGCGCACUGCAAUCCCAGAGUCAUUCGCAACUGGACUUAACUGUCAGGGGUCCUUUACCUUUUUUUUAAGGUAGCUUGUCAGCCAAAUUAGGAGCCCAACAAGUUAACAUCUGAACACUGCAUAAGAAGUGCUGUUGUAUACCUAGAAACUGUAAUUUCCUUAUAAUGCAAGCUUCUUUGUUGGAAAUUCAGUAGUAAUGAUUACAAUUAACUAAAUUCUUGCUAUGUGAAAAAAAUCAGAACUAGCAGAUUUCACCAUAUACAAUGAAAAAUAAUGUUCCCUACAGAGCUCAGUAUUUCCAAGUAGUAUACUUUGUUUUUGUGCCUGGAAAAUGAUGGACUGGCAGUUUUUGAAACUCCUGUUUCCUUUUAGUCUGCAUGUGCAUAGAUGGAGAGCUUUGGUCUUGUUUUGAAGAGGAACAGAUUAGAACAAUGAAUUUCUAGUGCUGAAUCCUGCAUUAAUUACUACCAUCUUCUUCUUUUCCCCCCUUUACUGUUGGUAGGCAAAUUAGUCACUUAAAUAUUCGUAUAAAAGAUUUGCAAAUCCUGUACAUGUUGAGACCAGGAAUAAAGGGAACAUCUGCAUGUAAAAAGUAAAAGAAAUAACUCUCACCAUUCUUUCAUUUUAAUUCAGGCAGAGGAUCACACUAAUAGGCUGAAAGCACAAGCAUCCAUGAUGGCUGCAGUUGCUUGUGCUGCUGUUCCCAAGAUAACCCUUGUGAUUGGUGGCUGCUAUGGAAAUGAAAGCUAUGCUAUGGUAGGUUGUUGAACGUAGGAUCAGCUUCUCUUUCCUCACCCACAUGCCCCAUGUACACAGCUCCUGUCCUAGCUAGUUUCUUAGGGUAAAAUUCAACAUGGUGCUAAGUCUCUUGUUCCAUCAGUGCAAAGAUUUCUCCUUGCACAAUGGGGCAGAUGUUCUUCUCCCUCCUGACCCUGCAUCCCCUCCAAUACUUGGAUUGUUACUUACACAAGGAGUAGAUUUCAUCAUGCGGUCACUGGGUUGGGACAGAUCUGUUCUAGGUGUUCCCCCAACCCUCUGAAGGGAAGGUUGUGGUCGUGGGAAGAAAUGGAUUUAUGUGUAAGCAUAAAUCCUUGUGCUUACAAGACAUGGUAGUUGAAUGCCACACUUGAAACUUGAUAUAACUAAGAAUCUCUAGCAUGUAGUGAGGAAAAUACAGAAUUAUUGUUGACACAAGUAGACAUGGCACCAAAGGAUCAGACUGUACUGAAACCAGAAAUUGGUGUUUUAAAUUAGAUGGACACUAUAUUUCACAGUUCUUUAAUGCCUUCUUAAUAUGUUUCCCUUGAGUCAAUGCUUUGUUCAAGCUGGCUUAAAUGGUGAGUUUUCAUUUCUGAAUUUCUCUGGUCUUGUGUUGUCUGUCUUUAGUGUGGAAGAUCAUUUGAUCCAAACUUCCUGUUCCUCUGGCCCAAUGCAAGAAUAGGCCUUGUGGAUUCAAGACAUUGCCACACGCUCUCAUUUAUUUGGGAUGCUGAUCGACAAGGAGCAGAAGUAGACUUAAAACUAUUAAAGGAAAAGUAGGUGCAUUCAACAAAAACCUCAGUGUUAUGAUUAAAUUAAUGGUAUUGAUGUUUCUCUUUGGAUUUCAGGGUGCUGCUUCUAAUUUUUUUAAUAGCUAAAAGAAUUAUAAAUUUUUGGAGUUACUUGUUUUCUAUACUAGCGAUUAUUUUACUUUUUGAAGCAGACCGUUGGCUCUUCAGUUUGGGGGUAUUAAAAAUGUGCUAUAUUGUCUUAGUAUUCCCCAAAGUACAAUAUAUCUUUACAAAUGCAGUUGAAAAUUGAAUUUUUUCUUUUGUCUUUUAAGACUAGAGGAAGAAAGCAGUGCAUUCUACUCUUCUGCCAGACUCUGGGAUGAUGGUGUAAUCCUACCGCAGAGUUCAAGGAAGGUAAGCUUCUUUCUCUAAGUGUAUGUCUCUAUAUGAUGUUCAGUAUCUCUUCCUUCCCAAGCCUACCUGUUAAAAAAUACUGGUUUCUGGUUUUUCCUAUUAAAAUAGUAUAUGGAGGGGAGGGGAAGAAGGCACAUUUCCUUCCCCUGCCUUCCCCCUGGCUGUGUGCUUGUUUGUUUAUUUGUUUGUUAAAAAUACCGCCCCCCCGUUAAAAACCCUUUUUUAAAAACAAAAAACAAAAACUAAUUGAAUAUUAGUGUGACUUCUGAAUUAUUUUGGACCAGUUGUGGAGCAGGUUUGGCCUGAUGGAGGCCUUUUAGAUUAGAGCCACAGGGCAGUUCAAGGGUAAGGGCGCUUUAGACAGCCCUAGUGAUUAGUAAGGGAGUUGGUAGGGCAGACAUAAUUGAAGGUAAAGGUAAAGGGACCCCUGGCCAUUAGGUCCAGUCAUGACCGACUCUGGGGUUGCGGUGCUCAUCUCGCUUUAUUGGCCGAGGGAGCUGGCGUACAGCUUCCGGGUCAUGUGGCCAGCAUGACUAAGCCACUUCUGGUGAACCAGAGCAGCACACGGAAACGCCAUUUACCUUCCCGCUGGAGCAGUACCUAUUUAUCUACUUGCACUUUGACAUACUUUUGAACUGCUAGGUUGGCAGGAGCAGGGAGCGAGCAACGGGAGCUCACCCCGUUGCGGGGAUUUGAACUGCCGACCUUCUGAUUGGCAAGUCCUAGGCUCUGUGGUUUAACCCACAGCGCCACCCGCGACCCUAGACAUAAUUGAAACAGAACAGUUAUUGGUAGCAUACUUUAGGGAUGUAAUUCUCUCUGAAAUAAUGGGUAGAUGAUGUUUUUUUCUCUUAAUUUACUGCAACAAUAAAUUGACACAACACAUUCACUGCUUGUUUAUCUGCUUCCUCCUAUAUUCCUUUGCUUGCCUUUCCUACAGUUUCUGCUUUACAUAUUUUUUCAUGAUAAUUGCUUUUAGCAUCUUCUCCUUUAUCCUUAGAGUGACCUUCUGAUACGUUUUAUUCAGCUUCUACAGUAAUUGUCAGUCUUGUGAAGCACUUUAGAAUGUUCCAAAUACAUUAAUUUUUGUUGUUGUAUUUGUUGUGUGUUUCUUUUGACAGGUUAUUGCACAAUGCUUAAGAAUUAUGAAACAGCAGAAAUACCAGAUCAUGUCCCUGCAACAGUCUCCUCUUCCUGUCAUAAGAAUGUAAGCAGGAAAGCCUGCUGGUAAAAAAAUGAAUUUGAACAUCUGACUCCCUGGAUGUUAAAUAGAAACAAUUAGUAUUUUAAUAUUGUCAUCAUGAUUUCUUGGUAUGAAAAUGAUAUAUAAACAUAUAUAGAAAUCAAACAUUUUCAUACCAAGAAAUCAUGAUGACAAUAUUAAAAUACUAAUUGUUUCUAUUUAACAUCCAGGGAGUCUUCAAUCAUGCUUCUAUUACUGUCCACACCCAAUGAUAGGAUACUUUAAAUUGAUGUCUUUUGUGCUGAAUAUAACCAAACAAGUAUUAUGGAAAUCAUUUAUUAGCUGAUAUACCAAGGUUUAAGGUGUGUCAAGUUAAUAAUUUAAAACAAAACUUAAAUAAUACAGAAAACAGAUUUAACAGCACCAGAAACACCAGAAUAUACUAACCAGCCAAGCCAAAAGCUACUGUUUUACUGUUUUGUUUUUAAUUAUUUACUUGUUUUUAUCUUGUAUUCUGUUAGCCACCCUGAGAUCCUAUGAGGAAGGCUGGUGUAUAAACCUAAUAAAUUAAAUAAUUCUUUGCCACCACUUCCAAAAAAGCCAAAAUGAAGGGGAGCCAACUGAUGUAAACACCUUAUUUUUAUCUCUGGCAGUUUUUACCUCCCACAGAGUUGGCCCCUGAAAUUUGACUAUAUUAGGUGGUUGAAGCUGCAGGACGGUGCACAGAGGUGUGUCUUAUAAGUUAUGAGGCUCUGAUUGUAAAGAGCUUUUCAUGAACAUUCACAAUUUUAAUGCAGUUUUUACCUCUGUCUUGAAGACUCUUCAGGUUGGUGCAAUAAAGACUUUUGGAUUAAUUCUUUCUGGAUGUAAGAUCAUGAAUGUGUCAUUUUUCCUCAGAAGUGGGGAAAAAGCUAAGAGAUUUAUUGUAAUUAUUUUUUUAACUUGUUCAUAAUUGUUAAAAAGUAUUAGAAUUCAAGACUAUAUUAAAGAAUGCAUUCUCACUUUGUUUCUGAAAAUAUAUUUGCUAAGUGACUAACAGUUACAAAAUCUGUCCAUAAUUAAGUUUUUUUUGGGUGUUAAAUUGACUUGAGUCUCUUUACUCCCACCCACCUACACAAUCAUCCAUUUGCUUUAAAAGUUUGUGUGUCAGGCUACCGACUCAUGAAAGACUAUUUUGCAAUUGACAAUGCUUCUUUACAGUUAAAUUUAUUUGUUGAAUGAAAAAUACCAAAUGCUGACAGUUUCAUAAACCAUUUGUUUCUCUACAGUACAUGAGGAUCAUAAAAGUAUUCUUGAAUUCUGUCAGUGUGGAGUUCUUUGAAAUGUUAAAAUACUUCUACAGGUCCUCAGGGCAGAUAGUUGGAAGGGUGUAGUUUUUAAAGUACAGUUCGUAGCUGCAUCCGUUACGCUAAAAGUCAAGCUUUAAUAAUAGGUCUAGUGAAGGUGCAACCAUCAUGCUCGUUUGAAGAGUCCAUGAAAAGUAACUGGGAUGUUUAUGUCCACUUCUGCCCUGGCGACUUCACUCAUGUCCUUUGCACUCAAGAUCAAAAGGUAGCCAGGCUUUGGUCCACUUCCAGGACUAAUGACAAUGCUCAGGACAACACCUGAACCAAAAAUAAAAAGGAGUUACCUAGCUGAAGCAGCACCAGAUACUUCAACAAAUCUCCAUUAUAUCAUCCAAGAAAACUGCAACGACCAUCAAACCAAAAUCUGAACAAGUUUUCCAUUAUUCUAUCAGUGAAUAUUUGUGUACAAGGUUUCUUUUCUUGCAAUUAUUGUGUAAGACGGCUGGC